AGCGCAAGCACUUUUUCAGCGCUCCAAGCUGAAACAAUUUGAAUAAUGAACUUUCUGCUAAUCAGCCUCCUGCUCAUUUCCAUCCUUGGAGUCAGCCCGAGCAAGAUAGCAAGAUGUGGUCAUAGUCUUUCACAAUGCAGAAAAAACUGCGAGAAUCAGAUUCUCAAGAAUUGCCGCGAUCAAAACGGACGCUUACGCUCACGUCACUGCACAUUUAAAUAUCAGGAAAGAUGCCGUCGGAAAUGCACCGGCGGUGCUAGGUGCUAAAGGCCCUGUUAAAUUGCUAUCUUACCGCAUAUUUGCUACUCACAUCAGAAGCAUCUCAUAAGUUGUUAUGCACUGGGAUAUCGAAUGAAUAUCUGUGUUGAUUAUUGUUUUUGUUGAUAAAGCUAGAG